UGAGAACUUACCCCUCCCUACUACGUAUAUAAUUCUGUCUGUUGUGUUCCCCUUGAGUGACCUUCUGGUUGUACGGCCAUCUUGAGAUCGAACAACCUGUUACCUCAAAAAUAAGACAUUGCACAAAGUCACGAUAAUCCAGAGAGGGGAGUCUGUUCCAAUCGUGCAGAACGGAAUUAUUUUACAUCAGAGUGCAUCAAGAUCUCGUUUAAAUGUCAGAGUUCUCGAUGAAACCUGUUUCGCACAGCGAAAACAAAGAUGAGGUCGUAGGACACUUUCCUCCAGGACCGUUGGAUAGUUAUCGAGAGCACGCUUCCUUCGACUGGUUUCAGAUGAAAGUGUUUUUAGAUGGGGGAGAAGAUGUAGUCAGAUUCCAGCACAAUAUGUGGAAAACUAUGGAGAAAGACUCGUUAUUUGACCGUGUCAACGAUUGGAAAUUGAGUAUGGACGAACGCAGGCGUGUAACAAUGAAACGAUGUAAGAGAAUUGCGGAGUACAAUUUUUUGACAGACGAUGAUAUUAUGGCAGCACCACUCUUGGUUCAGGCAUUUGGUGACGCCUUAGGAAUGUACGACUGGAGUUUAUCAACAAAAUUCACUUUAAACACUACGGUAAGACGUGCUUUCUGAAAGUACAUGUCCUGCACAAACAUUUUCAUAAAGGGUAUAUAUAUUACAUAAGAGUUCUUUCCCCACAAACUUCACAACAUUUGCUUUAGUUAAGAAUGUCAACCGCAUCUCCCUGUAAGUAAAGUAGCAUAUUACAUCUUUCCACCUCCCUACAAAGAAUUUCAAUGUAAUGAAACAACGUUUAUUUUCUCAAUGCAGAUGUUUGCUCGUCAAGUUAGAACAUCAAGCACACACGAACACAUCCAAGAGCUUGCAGAUAAAGCUAUGAGGUUUGAAGUAUGUAAAAAAAAUCUUUCUAAGCAUUUUGAAUUAAAUAACUGUAAGUCAGAGAAGGUUGGCAUGACAUAGGAUGUUAUUGCUCUCACAUUUUUUUCAUAAUGUUAUGCUGAUUAUAUCCGAUUCUUGAGUUGGUCUUUAAAAUUGCCUAUGUUACUUCAGAAUAACAAUAACAAUAAUUGAUGCAGUCAUAAUAGUGGAGCUUGCAGAGUGUAGCCCCAUAAUUAUACAAAACAGUAGUAGCCCAUCAAGCCAAAAAAAUUUGGACGUACGACUGUCCGACUGUACAACCAUACAAGAUGCUACUUUUAACAUGUGUGGUCAACUGUACUGCAGGCACACCAAUGCCACGGCUUUGUUCAGUAGUCCAGUGGUCAGUGUACUGGGCUCCAAGUCGGACGACUGAGGUUCUAGUCCUGGCUGGGGCAAGGUGUUGUGCCCUUGAGAUGUGCGAGAAAUAAAGUGCGAGUUCCGCUUUUAGGCUUGGCUAAAUCUAUAUAUUAUACAUGGGUGCAUAAUUAACAAAUUGAUUUCAUUUUGCUGUUUGUCUGUUCAGUAGUAGCUUACAAACAACAUCAAAAUGUGGUAAGAACAAAAAAAGUGCUACACGAGAUGCAGCAAAGUGGAGUCUAUUUGUUUCAUUUAAUAAGCUUUUUUUUUUAGUGGUGACGUCAUCUUUCCAUCUAUCCUCCAACAGGUGAUAAGUAAGAACUGAUCAAAAUAUGUGUAUUAUUCAACUUAUCCUGUGGUAUACAUUGGUUAAUACAGUGAUAGUAACUGACUUUGUUUACAUUCCUCCUGUGUUCACAGGUCUUCGGUUGUUUUGCUCUGACUGAGUUAACACAUGGAAGCAAUACUAAGGGUGUUCAAACCACAGCUACUUAUGAUCCAUCAUCACAGGUUAGCCUUCUCAGUAAACAAAUAUUAUUCCUAAACUCAGUAGCAGGAGGUAAAUGUCCUCAAUACUGCACCACUUGUGCUUCCAACAAAGAACCCAUUUCACAAAUUUGUCUCAAGUUGUUACACUGUGACAAACUGAUAUCUAUGUGGAAACCUGGCAUCACAUGUGAAUUGAUUUUGUUGUUUACUUUGCUUCAGUCCUUUCUAAAGGAUUUUCUCUGCAUUCACCAGUUUUCCUGACUCUGCAAAAACCACUACUCUAAAGUCUAACUUGACCAACAAAAAGUAGAUGAUAAUGCUAAAUAUCAUGGAGUAUUUUAUAUUUAUCAAGGCUCCAAGCUCAACCCUUUACAAAGUCACCAUUUGGUGACCUAAAAAUAUUAGUGGUCAACAGAGAUAAAAUUUCAGUCACCUGUGAAAGACUUAACCUUUUCACCCCUGAAAGUGACUGGCAUCUAAUCCUUCCUCACAAAAUCACCCCCAAACCACACAUUAAGAACAUGAGAAUAAAGAAAAUGAUCAUAUGAAGCUUAAGCUAAAGAACAAAACAGUGCAGAGAAUAUGCAUGCAGAUGUUGGGGUAGAAAGAGUUAAAAGGAGAUUUUGUGCAGUUAGUAGUAAUGUGACAUUUUACACAAAUAUUCACCUGUUUUCAACUGUAUGCCACAAACACCAAAUUAUAAAAAAGUUGGAGCUCACAACAUGACAGCCAAACACAAUUUUGCAAAAUUGGUGACUCUUGUGACAAAUUUAGUCCCUCAAUUGUUUUUCCUCCCUUUUGUAACCACAACAGUUGCAGCUUGGAGCACUUCUUUUUUAAUAUUUUCAUAUUAACUAAAUGUGGUGCUAUUCUUCUUUUUUCACAUGUAGGAGUUUGUGAUCCAUACACCCAACUAUGAAGCUACAAAGUGUUGGGUGGGCAACUUGGGUAGAACUGCAACCCAUGCCAUAGUCUAUGCACAGCUUUACACCCCUGAUGGAGUCUGCCAUGGACUCCACUCAUUUGUCAUUCAAGUACGAAACACCACAGAUCUCUUACCCAUGCCUGGGGUGACUGUAGGAGAUCUUGGAGAGAAACUGGGUCAAAAUGGACUAGAUAAUGGGUAAGUUAACCCUUAACUCUCACAAGUGAUUAACAUGUAACUUAUCUCCAUAUUAUCCAUACAAUAUCCAGCAAACGGUCAUGACAUUUUUCAAACUUAUUUGGUAGAAAGUGUUAUCUUGAUCUAGUGCAAGAUUCUUUAACUAAUUAACGAAGAAUUGUGUAGCAGCUCAAGGAAAGAAAUAAAGGAAAGAAAUAAUAAUCAGAUAUUGGGAGUUAAAGGGUUGACAAGAUCAGACCUCCAUGACCUCUAUGAUGGUCAUGCCAAAGUUGAUAAUUGCAGGCUGGUAAUCUGUACCAUCAGGGCAUGCCUUCUUGUUCAAGAGGAGAGGGUCGGCAUCCUUGAUGGCAUUUUGAAAGGGUAGGCCAAAUCAAGUGUCUUAUGAAGGAAGAGGUGGGGGGGGGGCUAGAUCAGGUGCAAGACCAAAAAUAUCCAGGAGUUGGAAUCUCUGUUCAUUACUUGAAUCGACCAAUGUCAGAAUAACUGAUGUUAACAUGCUUGUUUGAUUUUAGGUUUGUGUCUUUUAACCAUGUUCGUAUUCCACGGGAACACUUGUUGAACAGAACAGCUGAUGUGACACCUGCAGGGAAGUAUGUUACACCAUUUAAAGACCCAAACAAAAGAUUUGGCGCUGCACUGGGUGCUUUGUCUGGUGGGCGCGUUGGGAUAACAAGUAUGGCUGUGAUCAACUUGCGGCUGUGUAUGCCUAUUGCUAUUAGGUAGGAGUAUGCAGUUAUCUGUCUAGUAAUGCUUAGAUCAACUAGAUGUUAAAAAAUCAAAGGUCUGAACAUUAUUUUAAAAGAUAUAAUAUGAUGAUAUUGAGUUGUUCUUACUGGGCAUCUCCAGCCAGUAUUUACUCAGAAUGUUGCAAAUUAAUUUAGCCUGAAAUAUGAUCUACAUGAAGCUCAUUUUUCAGGGUUGGGGUAGGCCCUUAAAUAAUUAUGCCUGUACUUGUGGUAUGUGAUACAAAACCAAGGCAGAUGUAGUGAUUUACAGUUUGGUGAAACUUAUAUCCUUCCAAUUCUACCCCAGGUACUCUGCUGUUAGAAAACAGUUUGGCCCACCUGGAAAGGAUGAAAUUCCUGUGUUAGAAUAUCAAAUGCAGGUUAGCAAAGGACUAUUAGAGUAUUUUCUGUCGGAAGAUCACUUACUAAAAGUUUAGGUACUGUCUGAUAGCUGACUAAACUUUGUGCAAAAAUUUACAAAGUUCAGUUUUAUGAUUAUGCAGAAUGCAAUUUGUAAAAAACGGUUUGCAGACUAGCAAUGCAAUCAUGCUGUUCAGAAAUUAUAGCAUACCUGAUACCCUUAAUCUACCCCAUUUUUUCAUUCCCCCCCCCUUCACUCCUCAACCAAGGUAGAGUUUUGUUUCCAAACAUAUAAAUAAAGAGUAUUUCAACAAAAGUGUUUGAACUUUCUCACUGGAAAAGACAUACACAUGCUGUAGUAUUACUACCAAAUGUCUCCUCCCAGGCUACAAUUUUUGGUAUUACUGGUAGAUGCAUUUCAUAAAACACAAAAACCCUCUUCCGCUAAAUGAAGUCUAACUUUUACUUCUUCCCAGCAAUGGAGACUGAUUCCCAAGUUAGCAGCAACAUAUGCUUUAGCUUAUUUUGCAAGGACCUUCUUUAUGAAUUUUGUUGAGCUACAAGUUGGUAUGAUGAUGGGAGAAUCAGGUGAAACACAAGUAAGUUAAUAUGAAUUAAAUUAGCUAAAAAACACCAGAUGAUUUGAAAAGAGAGGCCAAAAAAAAUUCAUCAAUAGUCUUAAAAGUAAAUUAAUUCCUUAUCAAACCACAAUUGCAACUAUUACAAUCCUUUCCUGAUAUGUUCUUCGACAAACUCACAAUCCACAGAACUGUACAUGAAAAUACAUAAGAGAGUAAUUGUAAAAGAAACUGUGGUGCUGCAUUGGAGUUAAUUUCAUUGAUUUUAUCAACUGAGUUGAUGAUACAAAUUGGCCACCAUAUUGAGUUUCUUAAGUAGAGGUUUUUAAUAUUAGCCUGCUGCCUUAAAAUUAUGUGGUUUAAUCUUUUGCAACCCGAAACAUAAUUUUAAUUCUCAAUAUUAAUUUCUGAGGGAAAAUUUGCUAAUAACAUUGUAUAAAACUUAAAUUACAAUUUCUUUGAGCAUAUCACAUGAAAUGGUUGGAAUAGGUUUGGGUAAAUACUCCACAGAAUUGUGAAUAACAUUCUCUUAGCUUAUCACUCAAUAUAAUUUUGACAUAUAUGUUUCAGGCUGCUUUAGGACGUGAGAUCCAUGCCUUGUCAUCUGCUAGCAAACCUCUGGCCAGUUGGAUUGCACAAAGUACUAUUCAGGAAUGUCGUGAGGCCUGUGGUGGCCAUGGUUACCUUGCAAGUGAGUUAUCUAAGUGACAUGAUUUCCAUCUAAAUAUGAUAUCCAAGGCUGUCACUAAGUUUUGAAGCUGCUGUUGCAUUGGGCAUACUUUCCCUGGUGGUGUAAUAUGUACCCAAAUGUUACAUGACAGCAUUAACAUCUCCACCUGUAACAUUCUGUUAGCUAAGUGGUAAUGGAUGUUACAGGUUAAGGCCCUCACUCACAGCCCUAAUAUCAAGCUGACUCCCUAACACACACAAACAGUAGGGCCAGUGGUUAGAGCGAUGAACUUGUAAUUCGUUGGUCUCAGGGUUCAAGCCCUUUACCCUGCUUACCUUACUGGAUUUGUUCUCUGUUACCUAAGUUCAACUUUCUGACCGCACCUUGCAUGUGGCCAACUGGUCUGCCUCCGGCCAGUUGGGAUUUUUAAACUCUACGUAAUCUAUAUAAUUUGUACGUUGUUGAUAUACAAUUUGUUCAUAUUGGCCCUAAAUAGCCCCAUUGGGGGAGUGGUCAAUUAAAUGUUAUAACUACCAUAAUUAUAGGGAAGGCCUCUCUGAUAAGGUGAGGCUUUGUCCAUAACUCUAGGUUGUACAAGCUAGACAAUUUUAAAUGCUACGAAAUCUUGGAUAGUUUGAGUCAUUCAUGCACAGAGAGGUUUUACUAGCCGUGUCUUUACAAUUCUAAAAACAAGAAUGACAUUGCUAUACUCCUGAGAGAAAAGUUUGCCAUUUGGUGCACUACUUGUGAAUUAGUUGCUUUUGCAUAUCAGUUAUUUUCUUUCAGUCAACAGGUUAGGUGAAUUAAGAAAUGAUAAUGACCCCAACUGCACUUAUGAAGGAGAUAAUAACAUGCUUCUGUGGCAGACAAGUAGUUAUCUCUUAUCCCAGCUGGAUGCUAAACAGAAAGGUAAACUGCAGUGAAAUUUUCUUGAGUUAUAUCUCAACCUUUGAACUCCUAUGAGUGACCAGGAAAGAAUUGUGCAAGAAUGUGAUAAGGAUGUAAAACUGAAAAAGAUUAAAUUUGGAACACAGGUGAAACAAAACCUCACAAUACACAUUGCUUUUAUCCACAGGUUCCCAUAUUUCCAGUCCCCUUCACACAGCUGACUUCAUAAAUGACAUUGAACAAAUUAUGACACAUAAAUUCCAUGCAAGCACUGAGCAAGAAUGUAGAAACCCUGAUUGUAAGUAAUGGUCUUGGUAAUAUUAGAUUCUGUUAUGCUUGGAUUUUGGGAGAGAGAGGUUAAUGACAUGUUGUGUAGAAUAACCCCUUUGGUAGAUUGAGUGAGUUAAUAAUGUUCUUAACCUUUUCACUGCUAACAGUGGCUAGCAUCUAAUUUCUCCCUUACAACAUCACUCCUGAAUCACACAUUAAGGUCACGAGAAUAAAGGAAAUGAUCACCAACUAAAGAAGCUGUUGAUCAUUAAACAAAUUCUCUUGUUCAGCACCUUGGGUAAUGUAUAUAGAACAGUAUGGAGAAUACUGAUCACAUUAUUCAAAUGAUUUAUUCCUGAUCAGUUCUUGUUGGAGCAUACCAAUGGCUUGUUUUUUCCAAGAGGAGAUUUGUUGAUCACAUUAUUCAAAUGAUUUAUUCCUGAUCAGUUCUUGUUGGAGCAUACCAAUGGCUUGUUUGUUACCUACUAAAAGAGAGUGCCCAGAAGUUUAAGCAAGAGCUUACAAGUGGAAAGGUACCUCAUUUGAUGAUUAUGAGUGAUUUUGCAGUUCCAUUCACAGGGUCUUUUUGCUUUUGUUCUGCUUGUAUGUUUGCUUCUUUUUUCCAGCAAGGAUAAGACUCAAACUUAUUAAUUUGCAAUAGUUUUCAAUUAAGCCUUAUAAGCUUGUCAGAAACAUGAAGUUAACAAUCUAUUUGUCUUUGUUUCAUCAAAGGACUCCUUUGCAGCUAAGAAUGACAGCCAAGUAUUUUACUGUAGGUCAUUGGCACUUGCUUUCAUUGAGGUAAGGUUUGUCUUCUGUCACAUUUUACUAUUUGUUUAACUUUUAAACCCUAACAUCGAUAUAUAUAUUCUCCAUACUGUUCUCUAUACAUUUCCUAAGGUGCUGACACAGAGAAUUUCGUCAAAAAUCAAAAGCUCCAUUAGUUGGUGAUCAUUUCCUUUAUUCUCAUGACUUUGAUGUGUGAUUCAGUGGUGAUAUUGUAAGGAGAAAUUAGACGCUAGUCAUUCUUAGGGGUUUUAGGGUUAAGUAACUUAUUAUUCAUUGUCAGCUCAUACAAUUUUAAAAGUUUUGAAAUUAGGGGAUGGGAAUCUCAAGCAGUUGAGUUCUUAUAUUAUAAGGUUAUUUUGGAUAAUUGUGAACAGUAUCCCUCUGGUAUGAAAACCUUGGAUUAUGGUGCCUCUUAUGGUGUUCACCACAAACACUUUUAUCCUUUUUGGUAACAAUGGCUAGCCAGCUAAUUACUUUUCAUUUCAGUGUACAAUUUUGAAGAGAUUCAAGGAAGCAAUUUUCAAUGAGGAUGAAAUUCCACAAGCUCUUAAACCAGUUCUUCUCAGACUUUGUUCACUAUAUGGCUUGUCCUCUUUAGAGACACAUCUCACUACUCUAUACCAAGGUGAGGCUACCAUAAAGAAAGCUAGGCUGCUGACUCUUUGUGCAAAGUUGUGUACUGUAUAUAGUGAUACUGCACUUAAGGGAACUUUUCUCCAGGAUGUUGAAACUCUAUUGAAAAGGGCUCUGAAGUGGAAAUAAGGUAUUCUUUGUUUAUUUACUGUAGGUGGCUUUUGUUGCUCAGUGAAUGAUGCCAGAAUUGUGAGAGCAGCCAUACUUACUCUUUGUUGUGAGGUAAGCUAUUUGCUUUUGUCAGCCUUCCCUGAAAUGUGGCGGCAAACAUUUUCCACAUUAUUCAUUAUAUGUAUGUCAUGCUUAAAUGGGGGUAUCCUUAAAGCACAAUGAGGCAAGGGAGAGUUUCGUAAAGGAAUUGAGACUCUCUCCCUUCCACAUUAGAAUCUAAGAUUUUUAAAACUUGAGUCAAAAGGGUUUUCAAGCUUUGAUCCAAGUCCAGAACCACUCAUGAUCCAGUGAGCAAAGUUUGAUAUAUGCAGUGAGAUGUUAGAUGCUUCCAUUUGCUAGGAAAAAUGGUGAGAAUUGUUUUCCAUCCCUUUACAGAGAAGUGACUUUUGUUGUAGGAGACUUGGUUCCACAGCUUAUAACCAGCAUUAACUUCAUUGUACAUCGUGCAUGUAUCAUAGUGUAAGUGGAAUGAAACAAAUGGUGCAAUAGGAUUUUGGGAUAAUUCAGGUAUUUUUGUGUUUGUACUCAGUUGAAGAACGAAGCUGUAGCCCUGGUGGAUGCCUUAGCCCCACCGGAUUUUAUUCUUAACUCACCCAUUGGUCACAGUAAUGGAAAGGUAGGUCAUUUUGAUCUUGACUAAUUUUUAUUUAUUUACUUAAAUACCACUCUUAGCAAAAGUGAGAUGGUUGUGAAAUUUAGUUGGAACUUCGGCCCACGAAAAGCGUCAGACCGUCUGGUCCGAGUUAUUUUUACACCAUUUGAAACUAAUGAUUCACUCUCUCUUCCCCAGGCUCAUGAAAACUUGCAUGCUGCGAUUAUGCAAAAACCAGAGAACAAGGAACGAAUUUCAUGGUGGAAGGAGUGUCGUCAACUUCCUAUUAUCAGAGAUCGUAGCAAGUUGUGAUAGAAAACGCCGCCGGAAACAUUUCUCACGGAUGGUCUCUCCCUUGAUAAGAGAAAGUCAAUGCCUAGUUAACGUGUUUUGUAGGAAGGAGUUUCAAGUUGAGGAUUUUUAGUUAGGUGGUUUAUGCUUGCAGUUAAUCACUUCAAUGGGGUGACUUAAGGAGCCUCCUUAUGUAACGCCCUGAUUUCCUUCCAGUUAAACGUGACGUUCACGUCGUUUUCACUCCUCAAAAUUUAAACCGAGGAAAAGAAAGUUUUAAAGAAACUUAUCAGAGAUUAAAUUGAAAGUGACUUAACUACUAAAAUGCUCCUUCGGGUUGAUACAUUUAUAUGUUAUUCAAUAGGUAAUCAAAAUGUUGAGUCGCCCUGUGUAAAAAACGAUUCAACUUGUGCUGAAAACACUGCAAAAAUGUUUCAUGGUUUACUAUCGUAGGGUAUAUUUUAAUUUUUUUUCUUAAACCUCCGAAAAGUUCGUUUAAGAUUACUGUGGUCGCUUGACUUUCUAAUGAGGUUUGUGAGCUGGUCAAUGCCCUUUAGACUUUAUCUUCGUGAACUUAACAUAUGUAAUCUUUUUUUGGUACCCUCAAAACCCUUCAAAUCUGAUGAUCUGAUUUGUAUUUCUCCUUUCUGGCUGCCAUUCAUUUUCUUGUUAAUUAUCUAAGAGAAAAUGUCAGUUUUGCAAGGGGAAAUGACGUGUUGAUCGCUUCUGCGAUACAAAGGGUCUAACUGUGAUUGCAAGCUAGUUAAAAGUUUUGCUGCGUAUGAGAAUAAUUUGGGUUGAAACCCUUUAAAGCCUCCGUUCAUAUCUGUUGAACGCCCUAAGUAAAUUUACCAAAUCGGAAGAUUAUUUAUAAACUAGAUUUGAUAACGUUUUCCAUAUAUAGUUUAUUUAUGUACCUUACUGAACUUUUCACGGACUACAAGGGUACACAAGAUUAAAGAAAUAAGUCAAGAAUCAAAUCACUUCUUUCUGAGUAUUGGACGUAUUUAUGACUGGAUAAGAAAGAGGUAAAAUACUUGCUUUGACAUGCAAUCAUAAAAAAGUCGCACAAACUUAUUAACCCUUUUUACCCUAACGUCAGUAUGUACAUUCUCCCUACUGCUCUUCCUACAUUUCAUAAC